GGUUUUGGAUGGGAUGUAGGAUCCCAUUCCUGCUACCCACGCUGGAUAGAGUGCGCGUGAGGAGUGAGGUGCGCGUUCACCAGAUGGCAGUACAGGCAGCGCAUGACUCAAAAACAAUCAGACGAAGCAGAGUUGAUGACUCGUUGCUAUAGAGAUUCUGUCGCAACCACCCUGUAAAGAGUUUUUAAAAAAAGCUUUCACUAAAGCCAAUUAAAUAAAGCAUCAUGUCUGAGAUUACAAGUCUUAAAAUCUCUUACAUUUUUCCAAAUGGAGACAAAUAUGAGGGAGAACGCUGUCGUACUUCAGAUGGUGUGGUGAUGAGGAAAGGGUCUGGCACACAGACAUCAGCCUCUGGAGUUACUUACACUGGAGAAUGGGACAAUGAUAAGAUGAAUGGCAGAGGAACUCUUACACACCCUUCAGGGGCGAUUUACAGCGGCCUGUUCAGAGACAACAUGUAUCAUGGCAAAGGAGCAUACCGAUUUCCUGAUGGGACAGAAUACACAGGGACCUUUAACAACAACAGACUUGAAGGUGAAGGGGAGUUCACAGAUUCACAAGGACUUGUGUGGACUGGGAUGUUCCGUAACAAAGCGGCACUGGGACUGAAGCUCAAAGGUGAGAGGAAUGUGAUUCUCUGUGUACAGUUCAGCCAUUGGUGGAGCGCAUCUCCAAAAUACAUGAGCAUGCAUAAGCAGCAGAGCUCAUGACUGCAUGAGAAGUCAAGAGUUGUGUAAGACCAUGAAGCUCAAUUUCCUGUCGUCUGGAGUGAGAACGUGUUUACUGUGGAACAACAGCUCGGCUGGAGAUCCACCACCUUUCAUUUAGCUUCUAAUUCUGCUUUAAAUUAACAUGAAGUCCUAGUGUGCAGUUA